CUUUAAUUUUCAGUUCAUAUGUUACCUUGUUCUUCUUGUCACGUUUUGGUUAAUAAUAUUCAACAUAUUUUUGGACCAAGUUAAAAAAGUUUUGGAUCUAGAUAACUAUAUCUACACUUAAAAUAAUAUGGUUCUGUUGGAAAAUGACUCUUUUCUCUCCGAAUUAACAAAAUUAUUUCAAAAAGCUAGAAUGGAUGGAUCAGUGACAAUGACAUUUAAAAGAUAUGAUGGCAGGGAUCGUCCCAAACCUAGAGAAGGAAAGCCUGCCCUCCCAGAAUCACAAGAACAUAUGUGUUUAGUUAGAGCAAAAUUCCGUUCUAAAAAAAUCGCUACCGUGAUACACCAAAAAGAUAUAAACAAAUUUCAAGUUGCUUAUAGUAGUUUGCUUAAAGGAAAUUUAGAUGGACUUAAAAAAUUAAAGAAGCCUAAAAGUAAGACGAAGGCUGAAUAAAAUUGCAUUUGUCCCAUCUGUAAAGUGUACACAAAAUAUUUUUAUGAUUUUUUUUGUAUAAUCAUUUCUGAUUAGAAUAACUUUUUUAUGUUGUAACUGAAAA